AUGUCUUUGAUAAGUAUAUCAAAUCGAAUUCGAUUUGUAAACAUUCGAAGUAUAUCAAAAUACCUCUCAACGAACGCUGAUAAAGUAUCAACUGAUGGCUCUACACCACCCAAGAAACCAAAAACUACACCUAUACCUCGAAUAACACUGGUAAAUGGUGACUUAGUCUCCAUUUCAACCCUAGCAGAAGCACAAAAAUUGGCCAAACGCCGUGACCUUAAACUGGUAAAAAUUCUAGAUUUAGACACCAAAACCCAGAGACCUAUCUAUAAAUUAAUGACUGGGUCUGAGUACCAUGCGGAAGAUUUAAAACAAAGAGAGGAAAAGAAGAAGGAAAGACAAAGUGGCACAACUCUGAAGGGUGAGAAAGUUUUAAUUGUCAACAGCAAUAUAUCUUUGCAUGAUUUGAAGAUACAUUGCAAUAAGAUGAUUAAAUGGUUGUCAAAAAGGUAUGAAGUUAGAGUGGUUAUCAAUGGGGAUGUUAACAACAUGGAAAAAGCUGAUGAAGUGUUCACAUCAAUGGAGACUGCCCUGAAAGAAUCUGGAAGUCCUAGAAUACUACAAAAAAGACAGAAAGGUUCUGAAAUCAAGUUUCAAGUAGUACCACCAAAACAGGAAGCUCCCAAAGGUGGAGAUGAAUCAAAUCCUAAGACUCCCAGCACAUUCUGACUAGUUGGGGGAUUGGUAGCUUUUGUUAUUGUAAAACAAAUAUUUUGGCUGAAAUAUUUGAAAAUACGGCCGUUUCAAGAGAGACAGAAAGAAAAACCAAUUGAUAAAUGAACAUAAACAUAAGUUGCAUUUUACUGUACAUUAUUUAAUUAAAACUUUUGUUUUAAAAUGGC